AAAAAUUAAUGUGAUACACAUUAAAAAUAAAUAUUAUUUAUAUCGAUCUAAAUUAAAGAAUAGUACAAUGAAACCAUGGUAGCAUUUCUCCAAGGUAACGAAAUCGUAAGUGUUAGUUUGUAAUGUAGUGUUGUCUUUACAAGUCAAAGUAUAAAAGUUAAUACAAAAUUUUUUGUCAAAUUGGUUAAAAUAAUUGUUAUAAAUUUUGUAUAAUAUGUCUUUGGUUUUUAUAACACAUCACAAUGAGAACAUUGCAGAUUUGGAAGUUAAAGCAGAACAAGUGAAACCAAUAUUAAAAAUGCAUAUUUCAAAAUUUAAAACUGCAAUAUCAACAGAAAGGAAGACACCUCAUAUUAUUGAUUUACCUAAUGGAGAAAAGUUGAUAACGAGCUCAAAGAUUUCUAAACAUAAAACAAUGGGUUCUGUUGAAUCUUUUUUACCUGAAGGUUGUAAAAAGAACCAUUUUCGUUCGGGUAUGAAGUGGCGACGUUUAAAUGAACAUACGUGUCCACCAUGUAAGUUACUUCCUCCGGUUCCCAAAUUUUUGCGAUGCAAUAAUAAUAUAACUGAUUCCACAAAUGAGUUUAAUUAUAUAAGUUCUGGUAGAGGAGUACGUGAGCACAAAAAUUUUGUUGCUUUAAACAUUGAGCAAAUAACUAAUCUAAAAGCAAAAAAGCCGAACCUACGAUAUGUAGACACUGCCACCGGCGAAUCACAUUGUUUAUUGAAUACUGGACUUAUACCACAAUAUAGCUGCGCUAAAAAGUUUGGAAAAGUGCCAAGAUAUUUACAUAAACAUAAGCAAAUGCUAACUGAGAACCGUCGUCUUCAUGAUUUAGAAGAAGAAAAUAAAAAAAGAUUUUUGCAAAAUUAUAUACCUGGCACUCGUAAGAUGACGGAAGAGGAAAGAAAUAAUGUUUUAAAAGGUCUUAAAGAGAAUUAUCAAACUAUUAAUAAAACUUAUCAAAGUUUGCCACUCUGUACUGAUACCGUUGCGAAAACAUUCCGAAAGACUAGUUUGGAAAAUCAGUUACGUCAACUUGAACAAGACAUCUAUCUUAUGGACUUAAAAAAAGAUAUUUACAUAUCUCAUUUUUAAUAUAUCUUACACAAAACUUUUAUA